GAGAAGAAAGAAACACCUCAAAGCCUGCACAUAAGAACAUCUACUGAGAAAUUAUUUUAAGCAGACACCAGCUGAGUGGGGGGAGGAAAAAGAACAGAGAAGAACAAACAAAACUCCCUUGGUCUUGGAUGUAAGAGAACCCAGCAGCAAUGAACUGGCCCUUCUUCAGAACAGCUGCAGUGCUGUUCAUUUUCCUGGUGGUGCUGGAAGUUAACAGUGAAUUUCAAAUCCAGGUCAGAGAUUAUAACAGUAAAAAUGGCACCAUCAAGUGGCGUUCCAUCAGGAGGCAAAAACGUGAGUGGAUCAAGUUCGCUGCAGCCUGCCGUGAAGGUGAGGACAACUCAAAGAGGAACCCAAUCGCCAAAAUUCACUCAGAUUGUGCUGCAAACCAGCAAGUUACAUACCGCAUCUCCGGAGUAGGAAUUGAUCAACCACCUUACGGAAUCUUUGUUAUUAAUCAAAAAACUGGUGAAAUUAAUAUAACAUCCAUAGUUGAUCGAGAGGUCACCCCUUUUUUCAUCAUCUAUUGUCGGGCUGUGGAUUCACUGGGUCAAGAUUUAGAGAGAGUUCUCGAGCUCAGAGUCAGGGUUUUGGAUAUAAAUGACAACCCUCCGGUAUUUUCUAUGUCUACGUUUCUAGGACAAAUAGAAGAAAAUUCUAAUGCCAAUACACUGGUGAUGAUGCUCAAUGCUACUGAUGCAGAUGAACCAAAUAAUUUGAACUCAAAAAUAGCCUUCAAGAUCGUAAGACAAGAACCUUCUGAUUCACCAAUGUUUAUUAUCAACAGAUACACUGCAGAAAUUCGAACAAUGAAUACUUUUCUGGACAGAGAGCAAUAUGGCCAGUACUCUCUAGUUGUAAGAGGCUCAGACCGCGAUGGUGGGGCAGAUGGUAUGGCAGCAGAGUGUGAAUGCAGCAUUAAAAUCCUCGAUGUCAAUGAUAACUUCCCAUACAUGGAACAGUCAUCAUAUUCCAUAAGUAUUGAAGAAAAUGUUCUAAAUUCAAAUUUGCUCCAGAUUAGAAUAAUUGAUUUGGAUGAGGAGUUCUCAGCUAACUGGAUGGCAGUCAUUUUCUUUAUCUCUGGAAAUGAGGGAAAUUGGUUUGAAAUAGAAAUGAAUGAAAGAACAAAUGUGGGAACGUUAAAGGUUAUUAAGGCCCUAGAUUAUGAAGCUACGAAGAAUCUUCAACUUAGUCUUGGUGUUAGAAAUAAAGUUGAAUUUCAUCAAUCAAUUAAGUCUCAAUAUAAACUCACAGCAACUGCAGUCUCUGUGACUGUGUUAAACGUAGUUGAAGGCUCAGUGUUCCGUCCAGGUUCAAAGACAUUUGUAGUAACUAGUGAGAUGGGACAAAACUAUCAAUUGGGAGACUUUAUAGCUACUGAUCUGGACACAGGUCUACCUUCAACCACUGUUAGAUAUGAAAUGGGAAGUAAUCCAGCCGGCCUAAUCGCUAUUGGCUCAAAAACGGGCAUCAUUAUUUUGAGAAAUAAAGUUACUGUUCAACAAUAUGAAAUACUUGGGGGGAAAUAUGAAGGAACAAUUCUAUCUAUAGAUGAUGCUCUUCAAAAAACUUCUACUGGUACAAUUAUUAUUAAACUUGAAAGUGAUUCCAGGGAAGAUGAUGCACCAUCUAAUGAUAAUAAUACCAGUACUAGCACAAAUGGCCUUACUUCCUCAGAUGUUACCAUUGAUACCAACAAAAACGUUGGCACUGUUAGCGCAAAUACUUUUGGUGUAGGUCGCACCACUGCUUUUCAUCCAAUAAAAGAGGAUAAUGUAUAUUUUGGUCCUGCUGGCAUUGGACUACUCAUCAUGGGAUUCUUGAUCCUAGGAUUGGUCCCACUUUUGUUGAUGUUUUGUGACUGUGGAGGUGUCCCUGGUUAUAGGGCCAGCUUUAAGCCUGUUCCCGAAUGUACGGAUGGAGCAAUGCAUUCAUGGGCGGUGGAAGGACCGCAGCCCAAACUUGUGGAUUUGACCAAUAUCCGUGCACCACAAAUACCACCCAAUAAUGCAGAUACUGUUGAGUGCAUUGACAACUCAGGGGUUUACACAAAUGAGUAUCAUGGCAGAAAAAUGCAAGAUCUUGGAGGAGGAGAAAGAACGACAGCAUUGGAACUGGUGGAUGGAGUUAAAACAUCAGGACAACCUAAGAUAUGUCAAGAAUAUUCUGGAACAUUAAGAAGUUCUGUGAGGGACUGUAGAGAAGGAGGGCUGAAUAUGAACUUCAUGGAAAGUUACUUCUGCCAGAAAGCGUAUGCUUAUGCAGAUGAAGACGAAGCACGCCCAUCCAAUGACUGUUUGCUCAUAUAUGAUAUUGAAGGUGUAGGUUCCCCUGCGGGCUCUGUGGGUUGUUGUAGCUUCAUUGGAGAAGACUUGGAUGACAGCUUUUUGGAUACACUGGGGCCUAAAUUUAAGAAGUUGGCAGAUAUCAGCCUGGGAAAAGGAGUAGAACCAUAUCCAGACCCUGAUCCCUCUUGGUCACCUGACAGCACUGAACCGAUCUGCCCUCUGCAGGGAACAGAGCCCAUUGGUAGUGGACACCCACACACCUCCCCACAUUUCGGCACCACCACCAUCAUUUCUGAGAGUAACUACCCCUCGGGACCUGGGGUACAGCAUCCUAUUCCUGAUCCUCUGGGCUAUGGUAAUGUCACUUUAACUGAGUCUUACACCACCUUGGGGACUCUGAAGCCCUCUGUCCACGUUCACGAUAACCGACAUGCAUCAAACGUGGUGGUGACAGAGAGGGUGGUCGGCCCAAUCUCUGGUGCCAAUCUGCAUGGGAUGUUAGAGAUGCCUGACUUCAGAGAUGGGUCAAAUGUUAUAGUGACAGAAAGGGUAAUAACACCUGGUUCAAGCCUGCCCUCCACUUUGACCAUCCCUGAUCCUAGAGAGUCUUCAAAUGUAGUAGUGACAGAAAGAGUAAUCCAGCCAACUUCCGGCCUAGUGGGCAAUCUGAGUGUGCACCCCAAUUUAUCAAACACCCACAAUGUGGUUAUGACAGAGAAGGUAGUUUCAGGCUCCGGCAUGACUGGCAUUAGUGGCCCAGCUGGGCUAGGUGGAGGCAGUGGCAUAGGCAGCAGUGGCCUGGUGGGCAGUGGUGCUGGCAUUGGGCUGAGCAGCCUGGGAGGGGGCGGGGGCCUGAGUAGCAGCAUCGGGGGCACAUCCACCAUUGGCCACUUGAGGGGCUCCUCUGAGCAUCACUUUAGCAAUACCCUAGGAUCUGCCCCCCCUAUCACAGCCCGAAGUCGAAUCACAACGUACAGUACAGGACAAUAUACCAAGUAGCCAGGACCCCAGCACGCUUUUGCUCAGUGAUUGUGAUUUAGGUUUAAUUCCCACCACCCAAAAACUAACAGUGUGAUUUAUGACGCACAGCCAGGUGCUAAGAAAAUUGUGGAACAAGGUGAGACACCUCAGUGAGAAAAAUACAUGGAAAUAGUGCUGUUGGGCAAGAGCUCUCCUGAGCAUUUGUAGACUUUUUUCUUAUAGUCAUACUAACACAAUCAUGACCGUGAACUAAAACUUGAGACAGGGUCUUCUUUGUGCCUGGAUGGCCUGUAGGGUCUUCUUGGUUUUUGUGUGGCCUGUAGUGUAUCUCCAGCACAUGGAAUAAAUAAAACUUGGUCACGUAAAAGCACUGGCCUUAAGAUGGCAAUUGGCAUCGCUCUCCUUGCUCUGUUUUGAAUUGCCAUGUAGCUCAGGCGAUAUUUAAAUAAAACUAAACAUGCAAUAUGCGCUCAAGUAUGUGGGAAGAAUUUGAAAUAUGCCCCAAAUGCCUUGUCAAUUUUGCAGAUAAUAUAAAUAAAAAUCCAAUCACAUAUUUAGACCAGGGUUAACCAUUAAAGAAAAAAAAUGGCUACUCUGCCAAGUCCACAAGCCACCAAGCACUCCCACCUUAAUAACUGCACUAGAUGAAACAAACUUCAAAUUAGGAAAUGUUUCCUGGGAGGGAAAUUCCGUAAGAGGGUGGCAACAUAGUGAGAUUGAUUGGGAGUGAACUGGUCUAGAUCUUGAGAUGGGGCUUCAGCUAUAAUUCCUACGGAGUCAAGGACUUCUCUGAUUCUAGUUUGUGUCUAGUGGUAGAUGCAAUAUUGACGCAUAUUGCAUACUGGUGAAGUUGCAGGAUAUCACACGCAUUUUUCCCUUUACCACUGUGACUCUGACUUAAUAAAGGAAAACCUGCCAAGUAUACUUCUCAGGCUGAAGCAAGUAACACCUGACAUGGUAAAUUACCUUCCAAAGAAGUAGACGGGAAUUGCAUUGUAUUUUCAGAUUGUGUUUUUAGUAAGUGUUAUUCAUUUAUAUACAGCUCUUUAUUACACAUCUCCUAAGAUAAAAUAAUUGACUUAGACUGAGCUGUGAAAAAAAGCCUGCAGUAUAGUUACGCUUUGGGGAAAUUUUUUAAGGGGAUCUAAAAAAAAGUUUUUAGCACAUGUAAAAUAUUUAAUGGGGGAAGUUAGAAUUGUUCACUAAAUAAUACCGUACUAUUAGUUUCAAUUGAGUUUACUAUUAGUUUUAAUUGAGUUUAGUACUUUUUAAAAUAACCCUCUGCUGCUAUUUUGAAGAGAUCAGCUAGGAACUUUUAACAGAGUUUAUGACAUUGUGUUAAUGGGAAUGAAAUUGUACUAGACAAUCCAAUUUCCUUACUCUAUCCCACCUCCUAACCGAAUUUUCUCAUUAACCUAAAUUUUACUUUUCUGAUUUGAUUUGUCAAUAAGCUCUUGGAUUAUAUAUGCUCCAAUUUAUAGAUAGUUUCUAAAUUAUAUAGUAUACUUUUCUAACUUCAAAAUUUAAUAAUGUCCUAUUUAUGAUGAGUCAUUUCUAUGAAUUUGCUACAUAGCGUUACCUGAUUAAAAUCUCUAAAUAGAAUCAAAGCAUUCUUAGAGGUAAAUUUACUAUUGUAUGGUAGAGGAAUUUUUUUCUCUUUUCUAAAUUCAAUGUUAAUAUUUGCUCACUAAUGUGAAACUGGAUAUGGCAAAAAUAUUUUAAGGAUUAGUCCCCCCAGUUACUCAAAUUUCCCAGAGUGUUACAAGAUCAAAGAAUAAGUUAUUGGACUUCCAACACUUGUCAAAGGGGGAUGGCGAGUGAAUUAUUUUACCCAGAGCUAUUUCCCUCUAUGUUAUAGCAGAUGAUGUCAAUAUUUUCAAAGCCACAAUACACAUCUUAUUUUAACUCUGUACACUAUGUAAAAUUUUGAUAGUCUGUAGCAUGCCAAAAUGCAGAGGUGUAAAUAGAAUCAUUCACAGGGAGUCUUUUUUUAAUUUUUCUCCCAUUUGGAGGUUCCGUUAAUAAUGGGUAAUCUUUACAGAAAUAAAGUCAAAAGCUACUUAUUGAAAUAUAUUUGAGUAUGCCUGGGUCCAGGAGUUUGAAGAAAUAAAAAUAAUAAUAAUUA